AUGGAUCAUUCAGCAGCCGAUGACGAUGAUGCCCGCGCCACCGAGCUGGAGACCCUCGAGGCCAUCUAUCCCGAGCUUCGCCGUCCAGAUGGCGAUGGCGCUGGAUUCGUUUUUGAGCUGGAGCUGCCCGUGGAACCGGCUGCCCCCGUCACCGUGACCUUUCCGGCCGCUGCUGCGCCUGACCAGGCUCUCAACGGCUCGGCGUCUGAUGCACCGGCGUUGGUGGACUCUCUGCAGGUCUCUCAUCUACCUCCUCUGACGAUGCACAUCACGCUUCCGGAUGGCUAUCCCGCACAAUGUGCUCCCCUGGUCAAGAUCUCAACCACUCCGCAAUGGCUCUCGGCUGAGAUGCUUGCACGUCUUGCGGGAGAAGCCUCUCAACUGUGGGAAGAAACGGGACGGGACCUGGUGGCCUACACCUAUAUCGACCACAUACAGCGGGCUGCUGACGAUGUGUUUGGGGCCAUUACUUCUGAAGGAACUCUCCAGGUCGAUCCGGAGCAUAAACUCGCCGUGCUGGACUACGAUAUCAAAGCCAAAAAGGCCGCCUUUGACAAGGAGACGUUCAACUGUGGCAUUUGCUUGGGUAUGUAUAAACUUGCAGCCGAUAUAUCAACUCAUGGUCUCAUACUAAUCCACCAUGAUGCUCCCGUAGAUCCCAAGAAAGGAUCAAAGUGUCACAAGAUGCUUGACUGCACUCACAUUUUCUGCUUGCAGUGUCUCCAGGAUUUCUACAAUGAUGCCAUCAAAGAAGGCAACUUGUCGACUGUUCGCUGUCUGGCCCCCAACUGUGCUAAAGAGCGUUCUGCUGCCGCAAAGGGGGAAGGAGAAAAGAGACGCAAGCCCAAGACUUUCAUCAGCCCCAGCGAGUUGCUGCAGAUUGGCCUCUCUGAAGAAAUGGUGAAACGCUAUGUCGACCUCAAGUAUAAGACGGAACUUGAAUCUGACAAAAACACAAUCUACUGCCCUCGACAGUGGUGCAACGGAGCCGCGCGCUCCAAAAAGCACAAGAAGCCUGAAGGUCUCGACUUUGGCGAAACUUCAGACGCCGAGUCUGAUCCGGACGAGAAGAGUGAAGCCAACGGAAAGAGCAAGAAAGCAGACAAGUUCAAUCGCGGUGACCUCUUGUCCGUCUGUGAGGAUUGCGGAUUUGCCUUUUGCAGUAGAUGUUAUCAGUCAUGGCAUGGAGAAUUCUUCCAAUGCGCCCCCAGACGCAAAGAUGGCGAGCUUACCGAGGACGACAAGGCUUCUCUCGAGUAUCUCAAACUGCAUACAAGUCCCUGCCCAACUUGCAACGCCCCAGCACAAAAGACUCACGGCUGUAACCAUAUGAUUUGCUCGCGAUGCGACACACACUUCUGCUACCUUUGCUCCUGUUGGCUGGAUCCAGCAAAUCCAUAUCGGCACUACAACCAACAGGAAAAUGGCAAGGUGACAUCAUGCUAUAUGCGCUUGUGGGAGCUGGAAGGUGGAGACGGCGAUGAUGUUGGUAUAGGAUUCGGUGGUGGACGCGAUGCUGCGGUAAACAAUGGUGCGAACGAAGUCGUGCGGGAAGACGAAGAGGCUCUGAACGAGAUUUUCUUGGAGAUUGAAGAGGUGGAUGACGAGGUCGAGGGCCGUGUGGAUGCCAAUGCGAAUGCGAAUGCCAACGCGCCGGCGCAGCUUGAUGAGAACGGCCAGAGAGUUGCCGUAGCUCGUGAGGCUCCCCUUGUUCUACGACUCAUGGACAAUCCAGUCAACAACGGCAACAAUAAUAACAACAACAACAACAACAACAACAAUCAGGGGCGUGGCGGGCAUCGAGGUGCGGACAACCAGCCCGCCAGAGCCCGCGCCGGAGGAGCAGGAAGAGGACGUGCUGCGGCUCAUGGUCCGAAUCAUCGCGGAGGCCAAGCUGCCAACAAUGCUAGAGGUCAUCCUGUCAACCGUGCGAGGGGCGCUAGGGGCGAUGCCCGUCGAGGUCAUGACGGCGGGCGUGGAGGAGCGCGCGGCAGAGCCGGAGCCGCUGGAGGUGCUGGUCGAGGAGGUGCUGCGCGGGCAGAAGCGAGGCAGAACCCGGACCCGAAUGGCAAUCAUCAUCAGAAUCAGGACGGGUUGGACGCCAACCAGGAGGCGUGGGUUAGACACUUUGUCCAGAUGGCGCUCCUCGAUGCGGAAGAUGAGAUUGAGGAUGGCGAUUCAGACGAAGAUGACGAGAACUGGCGUUUUCGGUGA